UCAAGAAUGUUAUGUUACUGGUAGUCAAGAAAGAUGUGGCUACAAAACUAUUAUAUAUAGAGAGCCCAAUCAAGCGUAGCUAGAGACUGAAAACAAGUGCUUUUCGGUAGUAACAAAAUAGGAUUAUGGGAGUAGUGAAGCUUUAUGGUGCUAGGGGAAGCCCUUUUAGUAGUAGAAUAGAUGUAGCUUUGAAACUCAAAGGUAUUGUAUACAAAUAUUAUAAAGAAGAUUUGAAGAACAAGAGUGGUUCUCUCCUCAAAUACAACCCAAUUCACAAGAAGGUCCCUGCCUUUGUCCACAAUGAAAAACCCUUAGCAGAGUCACUUGUCAUUCUUGAAUACAUCGAUGAGACAUGGAAAACUCAUCCCUUCUUACCUCAACACCCCUACGAAAGAGCUCAAGCCCGAUUUUGGAGUCGCUUCAUCGAUGACAAGGUCGAGCCAACGGCAUGGAAAGCGCUUUGGGUGAAGGAAGAGCAGAAAAAGACAGUAGAAGAAGCAACUAAGUACCUGGAGUUUCUAGAGAAAGAGCUGAAAGGCAACUACUUUGGAGGAGAAAGCAUUGGGAUGGUGGACAUAGCAGGAAACUUCAUAGCCCAAUGGAUCCCAGCUCUACAAGAGCUUGUGGGAGUAGAGAUAUUGACAGAGGCUAAGUUUCCCAAGCUCUGUAAAUGGAGCCAUCAUUUUGCUACUCAUCCUGUGGUCAAGGAAGUAUCACCCUCUAAAGAAGAACUCAUUGCUAUCUUUAGGCCUCGUUUGAACACCACCAACUGAAAAACAUUUAGUUUUUAUCUUAUCAUAAUAAAUAAUUAUAUAUAUAUAUUUAUAUACUCAAAGAAGAAGACUUCUAGAAGUCAUUACUUGUCUUUUAAUAAUUAAGCUCUCAAUGUGUUCCAAAUCUACAGUUUUCUUUUUACAAUAAAGAUUUUCACUGUAAUCCAAAGUUUAUUGAGAAUAUCUUAGGGUUAAAGAAACAAAUUGUCAGUAAAAUAUGGAAUUUGAUUUUGUUAUA